UCGUCUCAAUGCCAGAGGCGGCGGCACCUUUCUCGCACGCUAGCUCUGUCGACGGCGGCAGCGCGUCGGCGGCCGGUUUCGAAACUACGUCAGAGCGCGCGUGAGGCUCUCUCGCCCGCUACGUGUUGGAGGCCGACUAGUCGAUGUCGCAGUAGACCCAGUAGACCUCCUCGGAACAGCUGCAGCUGUUGUUGUUAUGGGACUCGCGGCGAAGCCGCUGCACGGCCUCAUCGCGUAACGACAACCAACGGGGCGAGUUGGGUAAUGCUUUAAAAUGCAGGAGCUCCCAGAGGAGGCAGUGGCGGCACCUGUUUCGAGCAGCUACGCAUGAGGAGAGGCACCUCGGGCUGCCAAGAUGACGUCAUCAACGCUGGUUGAGACGGUGUCGCUGAACUACGAAGACUUCAGCGAGAACUUCCUCACAUGCAGCACAUGCCUGUGUACCUACGAUGGCCAGGAGCGCAGCCCCAAGCUCCUCUCCUGCUCCCAUACAGUGUGCCGCAGCUGCCUCGAGCGCCUUGCUGCAGCCGCUCGAUCUCAGCACGAGGGCACACUGAGGUGCCCCAUCUGCCGCGAGGCUGUGCCUCUGCCAGAGCCUGGGGUCGGGGCGCUGCCCCCCAGCUUCCUUGUCAACCAGCUACUAGACCUUGUGGCCAGCCGGCGGCGCGAGGUUGUGCCCAAGUGCGCCCUCCACCCUGCGGGGCCAGAGUUGCUCUUCUGCGAGGCAUGCGACCAAGUGUUCUGCUCCACGUGCCUCGGUCCUGCCCACGCUGACUCCAGCCACACUGUCGUGCCCUUCUCCAUUGCUGUCAAGCGCAUGUCUGAGAUACUCCUGUACAAAUCUCAACUGUGCCUGAGCAAACUGGAUGCAGCGGCGGAGGCAGUCAGUGCCGAAAUCACAAGGCUUGAUGCUGCUGCGGAAGAAGUAACGGACCAAAUCGAGGCCUCUUUUCGGGAAAUUCAGGACCUUCUGGAGCAGCGACGGAAGUCACUGUUAGCCACAUUGCAGGCACUCUGGGACCGCAAGAAAGAGGCCCUCGAAGAGCAGCUGAAUCAAAUCCAAAACGAGAGGUCUCAGCUUGAGCAGGAAUGCUGCACCCCCGAGAGUCAGCUUGAUGUCCGAAACCUCACAAAAAAAAUUGCUGACUUGGAUGUCAAGAUGGGUUCUCUGGAUCACUUGGCUGAACCCCGCGAGAACUGCUACCUCCAUUUCGACUGUGCCUACAACUCCGCCCUUGAUGACAUUGCACAGGCUCUCAAGGUCUUUGGCAAGCUCGAGACAAGCCGCACAUUUCCGCCCUUGUGUACAAUUAGCGUCAAGGACUGUCCGGCAUACGUUAGGGCCUGUGCUUUGCUUCGUACCUACGACUGUGACGGUCGGCCUCAGACGGUGGGCGGGGAUCCUGUGACUGUGGCACUAGUGGCGUGUAAUGAGGAUCAGAAACCUCUCGAUGUUCAAGUUAUAGACCGUGGAACUGGUGAAUAUGCUGUGACGUUUCAAGUGCCCCGUGUUGCGCGAUACCGCCUUGCCGUGUCGGUGCUGGGCCGACCCUUGCAGGGCAGUCCUUUCGAGUUUGCUGCUACCGACAACAUCGACCCCGACAUGGUGUUUGGCCGGCGUGGGGACGGCACCGAUGGAUUCCAUCAGCCUGUGGCUGUGGUGUGUGGACCGGAGGGCCUGCUCUAUGUGCUGGACACGGGAAACUGCAGAAUCAAGGUCCUCACACCGGAACUUCGGUUUCUUCGUCACAUGACAGGAGUUGGCAUUGAGGAACGUGGUGGCACAGGACUUGCCAUCUCCCCAUCUGCAGGAACUCUGGUGACAUGCAACUGGAGGACCCGCAUGAUUACCGAGUUCACUGCUGAUGGGACCAUUGUUCGGACCUUCACACAUGCUGACCUGGGGGAACCCACAGCCCUUGCAGUCAACUCUAAGGGGGAUGUGUUUGUCGUAGACAGUGGGAAACGCUGCGUCUUUAUUUUUAAGCAAGACGGCACGCUUGUCAAGAAGGUGGAAGGAAAAGUGCUGGCGCUGCCGACCAACUUCAACCCAAGUGCUGUAGCGGUGAGUCCUGAUGACAGCGUUCUAGUGGUGGACUCGACUAUACAUGUGCUGGACACGCACGGCAGCUGGCUCUCAACAAUGUUUGUCGAGGGUAAGGGGAAAGGAAGAUUUGGGGGCAUCUGUGUUGAUGCACAAGGCAUUGUGCUGGCUGCUCGUUCUGAUCGCAGCAAGAACAACGUCCUGCUAUUUGACCGGGUCGGCGGGCAGCUCACCUACACGAUAGAGAGCAGGGGUAGCCGACUGGGCCGGCCACUUGGAAUCGCUGCACUCCCAGAUGGUCACGCUGUUGUGGUAGACCUUGGGAACGACUGUAUCAAGAAGUAUCGAUACAAGUAAUGUGACCAGCUGUCCUUCCAGAGCCGUUUUAAGGGUCUGCAUUAUCUAGUAUUUCUAGGCAUCACGUGCUAGUCACCACAGAGGCACAUGCAUCUGUGGCCAUCUGUCCCAAGCUCUAUGUAGCAGAGCAGACAGAUCCAACACCUCCUGAGCCAUUAUUGUUGCUGUAGUUUGCCAUAACAAUGCACUGGUAGAAUAGUGAACCUACAUGGUUUUCAGUUACGAAUGCAUUGGGUGCCUUCAUGUCAUAAUCUAUGCGAUAUUAAUUUUAUUAAAGGGCCCUGAUAAUGUAAAACGAGCAUAGUAUACGCAGUUUUGUAUGGCAGUGCCGAGUAACUUCUCCUGUGUGGAGCUGAUGUAGUAGCAAUAUGCCUUAGAUCAAGCACACAGCUUUGAUGUGCAGUAAGUGCUCUUUACAAAAGUGCUCCGCGCAACUAAGCUACAAUUGUAAUUUCUCACAAGUAUUAAAAUUUUACAUUCAUAGAUGAAUACAUAUUUGACCAAUUUGGGAAGAAGUUUUUGCAAUGCGCAGUUAAAGCUGUAAGUAAAGUCUGUCAUUCAAUACGUGCUGCAAAUCUCGAUACACCAAAUUUUCUUCGCUGCGAGACGUGUUGUGCCACGUUUGAGCUUUUGAUGCAGUGUCCAGUAUUCACGGGUGGCCACAAUUACCUGCAGUUAUAAUGCCUUCUUUUCCUUUUUUUCUUUCAUGUAAGCCAUACUGCUACAUAUCCAACACAUUUUACAGUGCUCUCACCAUUAUGUGCAGCCUCUCGCAUCGCGAUAACACUAUAAUAUGGUCGUACGUCGUCCUGAAGGGAACGUCGCAUUAGACGACUCUUGCACAGGAGAGUGCUUAGUGCACUUGAGAGUACUUCUGCCGGUCUCGCUGAUUAUCGCCGCUUAAAGGCGCUAAAAUGACGCAUGAUGGACGCUCGUGCGAUAUAGCUAAAAAUGCGGGAGGCAGUAAAUGUCCUUCAUUUAAAACGACACUUCGUUUAAAAAAGAAGACACUGUCACACUGGUUGGUGUUUCACGUAAGAGCAAUUGCUAAGCUGGACCUGCAAUAUUUGCUUAUAGGGACAGAUGUAUAGAAGUAUGUAGGGCUUGCCGCUCCACAUGAAAAGAGUCGAUACAUACGCACAUGUACAAGGGGGAAAAAAACUGCUAGUACUAAACAGCUUUGCAGUGUGCACAGAGGAGACAGGGCAAGGGAUACAGGAGUAGAACAAAUGCGUUUCUUUUUCUACCCUUUCCAGCAUUUCUUACACUUAAAAGAAAUGUGUAAUUAGAAUUACAGCACUAAUUACAGCUGAAGUUAAACAUGAAGGCCUGAGGACAGACAGACAAAGAACUUCAUUAAGGUUCUGAGGAGCCAGCCAUUGGAGCCCCAGAGAGGACCCCUGGCUAGCUGUUGGCUAAUCCCAUGGACUAAACUUUUUGUAGUUUCUCUUUUUCCCUUAGAGUAGAUGGUUGGUGAUGUCCUGUCACCAUCAUCCUAGAAUGCUUGAAGAUGCGUCAGAGGAACACUAAAGAAAAAAAAAAAAUAGCAAGUUGUAUUAGUAAAUUACCCUUCUGCAAUACCAAGAAAAUCACUCUCUCCACAUGAGACGAGGCUUUGCACUACGGCGAGGUGCAAAAACAACACAAGAGAAUGAGAGCAUUCCUUCCUUUGUUUGCACCCCUAUACCGGAAGUUGUUUCUUUAAUAUUAUCUUUCUUAUUGUACAGACAUGAACAAGGACUAUUUUAGGUGGAUGCUCUGUGUUUAUCGCAGCUUCAGAAGCAGAGUGAACAGUGAGCAUGACUGACCGGUAGCAUGAUCACCCUCUCAGUUUCUUCCAUUCUUCUUCGCUUGCACACGGUCUCCACACAGAAAGACAAAUGUGCAAGAAGGGGUGCAGGCAGUGGAAAGAACGACACCACCCUCUCCUUUUAUGUUCGCAUCUCUACGGGGCACUGCACAACAUACGAACGACGAGGCUAUUUGCCACUCGCUCGCACGUCAUGUAUGUGUAUGUACAGUGUAUGUUCAAUACAGUCCAACAUCUGCAGUGGCACAACAGCCCAAAUACGUGAAGAUACCUUUGAAAUGGUAACAUUACAACAUACCAGUGCUGAGUUUUUCGUGUGAAAUUUUAAUAGUGCUAGUAAUAAACAUCUAAUUGGUGAAAUUGACGAAAACACAGCUUUUAAAGAAAAGAGAAAAUGCUUUCUAAGCCCUGAAUUUUUGGAGCAAAUCUUAUUGCUCGUUUUGAAGCGUGUCUGGCAUCGUGCAACCUUUUUUUGGCACCACUGACGUCACACUUGGCAAGCUACUUUGUCAGUGGCUAGAUGUAAAACCUCUGCUGUGCUUACUGUCAUUACAACAGUUAAGUAUUGAGGGAGAGUAGAUAAGUUUCAAACUAUAAUUAUUAAUCAUGUUUUGUUUGACAGGGGUUUAGAGAGUAAUAUUAUAUAACUAUUAUUAAGAAUGAAACCCAGAAACACAAGGUAAAGAAAAAAAAAGGAGUUGGCAUGUCAUCUGCCUUUGUUAGCAUAGAAUGAAGAGGUCCUUUUAAAAUUGAACCAGUAAACAAAGUGCACGGCUUACCUGAAUUAUGCAUAGUUAUCAGGGCUACUUUCAUUUAAAUUGCAGUGAUGCAUGCACUUAGUUGUAGCUUUAUUGUGCCAUUCUUGAAUAUAUUAAAUAUAUUUCACAGCACAGUCAUAUCUGAAGCGCUGUUACAAAAGUCAAAUGCCUCCCCCCAAUCCUACAUGCGAACUUACUGGCAUAAACAUGCUUUUGCCAGUUUCUUUUGCGGGCUGCAGAACACAUGCACAGGACAACGGUUCUGUUGGCAUUGAGUAGCUAGUCUUUUCUUAGAACUGAGUGCAAGCUGCACACCUAACUCCUUCGCUGUCACGUAAUUGCAUGCUCGUACAAGGUCCUUGCAGCUGUUCAUAGUUCGUGCCUUGUAUUGCGUGACGUCAAUAAUGGAACGCACAGGUGUUUCCCCACAGGUGUUUCUGAAGCAUGUCGUCUGCUUCUUGUUUUUCUGUGAGACAUUUUGCAGCAGCGAUACGCACAUGUCCAAUGAAAAAAAGAUAAUAAUAAUAAUAAAAAGAAGCUGCUAGUACUAAACAGCUUUGUAGUGUGCACAGAUAGGACAAGGGAACAUGAGUAGAAUAAAUGCGUUUCUUUUUCUACUUUUUUUAAUCCUUUUUGCCGUAAUCUGUGGAUUGCACUUAGAAUAAAUGUGUAAUUAGAAUUCCAGCACUUAUUACAGCUGAAAUUUAACAUGAAGGCCUGAGGACUAAACUUGUCUUUAGUUUCUCUUUUUCCCUUACCUUCCUAUUCAAGUGCAUGCAAUGUGCAUAAAUACUUUCACUGGGCAACUGCUGAACCAGUGAAAAUAAAAUUUGUGAAAUUAUAAAGAAGAAAAUUCCAGACAAUAUGGCUAAGGCUUGAUGAGAUGAUCAGGUCUUCGGUGCCUUGUCCUAAGUGGGCCUUACGCAACAUGUGAGUGCCUGGAUAACCGGUCAGUUCAGUCUCUUUUUGAAGUUUUCAGCCAACUUUGAUAAACGUUGCAUUGUUAAAAAAAGAUAAUGUGGGCAUGUCCUCUUGUGAACACGCAUGUUGCUUUCAACCUUGCUUGUAGGCAGUUUUGGUGCCUUGCUUCUUGCGUAUCCUUUCUAGUCAUUUGCAGAAGUGUUGUGCAUGAUUAAUUCCAGCUAAAUUACUUCAGAAAUUCUUUCAGUAUAAGUGUGUGGCAUAUUGUAGAAAUGUUAACUCGGACUGCAACAGCAGCUGCAACACACAGAAAUAAAUGCCCUUAAUGUAGUUACGUGAGCCAUCAGCAACCACCAAUAUUAGUAUGAACAUUAAAACAAAAAUUUAACAUUCGCAACCGAAUCCCUAUUUUGCAAGACUGACCAUUUAUGCGACUAACGGCUGGUUACCAGAAGGGUUCUGGAUUAGGGAAGAAAGGUACUGUUGCGGUCAGCUAGUUGUUUGUUGACAAAAAGCACCAGGGCCGGUAUAUGUAGCAUUCCUUCUGCUCGAUUUUGUGCCACUCUUAUUAUCCAUCAUUCACGGCCCACUUAUCGCGUUAAUGAUAGGGGUGAGAGCUUGAGAAGGAAUAGCAUUGGAAUACAAUUGUUACAUUAUCCCAGCCUUGAAUGGUUUCGUUGUGACUGCUUCUUGAACACGCACAACUGGACUGUCAGUGUCCAUUGAUGCAGCGGUGGGCGUUUUUUAGUGUUUUUGCUGUGUGCAUGGAGAUGCUAUCACAAGUACCAAUCUCAGGAAUCUCUUGUACCUUGCACCUUCCCUCGUUUUCGUAUCGAGAGUCUGUAUUUUCUCUGCACCAGACAACUUCAACCUGACGGGAAGUGUAUGAGGCUUUAUUGUACAGAGCCUGUGCCAUCCUCUUUCCUUGAUGGAUAAUGUAUUUUUUUAAACUGAGCAGAUGCAGCCUGCAGAAGCAAACGAGGCAGCCUUGUUUACAACAGCGCGGUAAGACAUUGCAUGGCUGCUUACAAAAUUGAAAACACCGGGUGCCCCUCUCAAAAAAAAAAGAAAAAAGAAAACAGGCUUUAUGUGUAAUGCAUAAUUUGCAGAUACAAGCUCGACUUGAGUGAUCAGAGUGCAGCAUAUUGACGUUUGUAACUUUCAUGGGUCUGAAGCCUUGCACAAAGAGUUGUACGCACUGUAUUUUAGGUAGACUUUAGGCUAACUUCAAAAUGCCAUAACACUGGCAAGUGCAUAACCUCUAGUUGAGACUUAUCUGGAGUGUAAAGUGGUUCUGAAAAUGGGUUGUUGGAGGCACAGGGCUGUGCUUCUUAUUUUUCUAUAAGCAGGACAGUGUCAAUUCUGGAGUUCUUGUUGCGUCACUGCAGUAAGGGUCGGCAGGAGUGCGCAGCUUGAACAAGCGGGCGCUUGGUUUUGCCUCUGCAAGCUCCAACCACUUCUUGUUGAAUGUGUUAGUCACAAGGCCAUUUCAUGAAUUAAGGCUGUAUUCUCACGUGUACACAUUACUGCUUCCAGCUCGCAGGUGCAACUUUUGCAGUAUCGGGAAGAACUUCCCUGACAAGCUGCAUUUAAAUUUUCACCAAAGAUAUUUUGCAGCUUUCUUUUAAUGUGAACGACAAGCGUCCACUGAAAAAGUGUGCACACUUUCCAACUGUUUUUAUUUCUUUACAAAAUACUCAACUUGUUUCAGCGUCACAUUUUACAUAAUGUUUGUUGGCAUUCUUAUGUGUGUAAGCACCGUUCACUAAUAUAUGUGCAUGUUCAAAUUGUAUACUGCACUGUGCAUCGUGAUGAAAGUAGUGUGGCUUUCAUUUGAAUAACUCUGUGGAUCUAGUACUGGCAUAGCUUCCUGCUCAUAACAAUUGCUGGUUCCUACUGUUUCUGAUGCUCUUUGGAGGCCACAGCAUUUCUCACCACAUUGUUUCCACCAAUUCAUCCACGUCUCUCAAAACACUCAAAAUUUAGAAAAUGUUUAAAGGAAUCAAUGCUAAAGGUAGACAUUGAAUCAAUUUAGGAUGUUAGGUCGACCUUAUAGGAGCCUUGCAACGCUUGUUCGAAGCCAAGAGUUGACUUGGCUUUGAACAAGCUGCAGAGAAAAUCACAAGCCAAGGAACUACACAGUUCUGCAGUUGAAAUCACUUGCUAUGAAGGGAUCUUUUGUGGAGGUAUCCUAAGCUAUGUCAGUGAUCUUGCAGGUCAAGCUCUGUGUGGCACUACAGCCUUUUUUGAGUCACAGGCAGGCGGUGCCACUAGGCUGCAGCAUCUAAAGCUCAUAGUAGCAUCAGUGAGUUGCAAUGCAGGAAAGUGCAGCCAUAUUUGCCAAGCUGUGUUUUCUCUCAUGUUAAAGUGAAAAAUGAUUAACUCACAAUACAAUGCAGUUGACUUGCUUAUCAGCAGCGAUUGGCUAAACAGCACAUAUUACGGCAUGGGAGUGUCACAUACUGUUUGCAAUGACAGCGCCACUCCUGGUCAACGUCAAUGUUCUGUUUUCACUUGCAGAAGCUCUUUUGUCAGCAACAGUGAUGCUUCGGGUACCUCGGAAUGCCCUACUGUAUAGCGUUAACUCGAUUUAAUGCUUGCCUUUCAUGUUUCUUUAAAUGGCAAUUAUGUAGAGCAUAUUUCUAAUGCAGAGUUGACGUGCCAGUUUCACAUUGAAUGUUGGCAACACUGUCGUGACCGAGGUUUGUACCAUGGGGACAUUCAAUUUAGUCACCAGGUGCAGCCCAUUCUGGCUAGAAUUAAAAGGCUCACAUUGUACAGAGUGAAAUGGACAUGUCAACUUCGGGCAAUGCUACAUCGAAAAUAUGGUGUAACUGUUUUCCACACGGUUGUCACUUUAGAGCUUGCAAAGGAGAGUGUUUAUUGCAAGCUCACUCAUUACGCAUUACAAAAGCUGGCAUAAACUGCACAUGUGUUCUUCCCGCUGCACACUUAUGGUUUUACUUCGCAUAACGCCACUGUAAAAAAAUGUAUGACCUUUUAGAAGAAGAAAAAAAAGUGAGGGCACACAUUUAUGCUCAUACAAUCUGUGUUCUGCUUCUUUCAAGCUGUCAAGUAGUGCACAUGAUACACUCAUCAAAUGCAUGGUCUAUUUUACGAAAAAAUGUUUGUGCUCUCUUUUACCUGUUCUAUACAGCGCAUGAAGAUAUGUGUGGUAUCGUUUUCAUUGCUGUUUUGUGCACAAAGUGUUAAGGUGCAUGAUGCCUUCUUUUAAUAAUUUAAAAGGCCAAGUUGCUGAAGUCCACUAAACGUUUUGUGGUUAUCUUUUUUAUUGUAUCUUUUUACGCUUUGGCCAUACCAAUCUUGCCAUUUAUAACUGACACAGUUGGGAGACUGCUGUUGUUAUUCCAGUAUACCGCUUUUUUUAUUUGGCCGGAGAGGCAUAGCCAAUUCUAGAAUGUUUCAAAUGUGCCACUUUUGUUUAGAACAUUGCCGGUAUGUGUAUCUGCUGUUCUGUCUCAGCAGCGAGGGCAUCCCUUGUUAUUGGCCUAUUUUGUUUUGUUUUUUUGCUUUGACAAGGCUUAGUGUGGUUGAUGGAAUACCUUAAAGGGAACCUGUUGCAUGUCACUUGCUCGAAUAUAUUGGCUUGCAGGACCAGGCAUAUAGCAUUUCUUGUUUUUUGUUUGUUUUCUUUACUGGUGUUUGUGGCAAGCUGGAGAAGCUCCCAAAGACAUGCUGGCAAGAACUGAGUUAUUCUUAGCUAGUGUAAAUAAACAAAAAAAAGCAAACAAAAAUUGCUACCCCAUCUAACAGUAUUCAAUGUGGCACGAUUAUGCUGACGCUUUCAAAAUAUUACGCUGCUAGAUGUGUGUCCGGGAAUAAAUCAGCAUUGCUUUGACUAUGAAUGCAAAAUAGCGAUUGCUUUACACAGCAUUAUGUCUUGUCUGAGUCUUUGUAUUUUAUCAAGUUGUGUGGGUGAUGUCACCUAAUGAAUUGUGGCACAGUAGGUAGCCAUGGGAAAGAGAAUGUGCACGAAACUGUGCAGAGCGAGAAAAAUAAUUGUUUCUGCCUGGUGUAUUUUGAGAUCUCCAGACUUGUCAAGCACUGUAAUAAUUUAUAUGGGAAGGGAUCGAUGUGUGUCACCUGGCAGUAGCAUCAUCAAAGCUGGCUUUGAAUGCGUUUUUUUUUUUUUUUUCUCUGUGAAUGAAUGAUGUGUGUGCAGUGAAUAAAGAGCCUCGUAAAGUAUA